CUAACGUUUUAUGUAAAAUGAUCACACGUUCUUUUUAAGCACUUAAGGUGACAGACAGGAGUUCCAGAUUAUAGAACUUGAGAAUCAGUUAAUUGAUCAUCAGCACUGACCAUCAUGUCCAUCAACACGGCACACGCCAAUAAAGGUGUCGUCAUAUACUCCGGUGAAGUGAUCAUCCUGUACUGCGACCAUGUGACGAUGAACCUGAGUAAGGAGGUGGGAGGUAACGGCCUCGCCGGCAACAAGACGGGUCGUCUCUACCUCACCUCCCACCGCAUCAUCUUCACCAACACCAGCGAUAGGGACCCCCUUGGCAGCUUUGCCGCGCCCUUCUUUGCCCUCUCUAAGGUGGAGCUGGAGCAGCCUGUGUUUGGAGCAAACCUGAUCAAGGGGCAGGUCAAAGGUCAGCCCAACGGAGGGUUCGACGCGCGCACCGUGAGCUUCAAGCUCACGUUCAAGCACGGGGGCGCCAUAGAGUUCGGGCAGGCCCUGCUUAAGGUGGCAGCUAUGGCGGGAAGCGUGUUCACGUACGAGGCGCCUCCCCCAUACCCCGGGGUGAUGGGUGCCCCGCCCCCCUACGUUGGGGGCGCCGUGGGGUUUGCUGCCCCCCCACCGAGCACCUACACCAUGACAGCCGCUGGUAUGUAA